AUGAAGCCAACAGAACCCAUCCGUAUCCAAGUGGCGAACUUUGACAGAUGUAGACAGACGUGGUGCAGCUAACUCUUCUCGUUCCAAGGAACAUAAAGAUGGUACGAAGGAAAAAUUUGAGGCAAGCAGGAAGGUCGAAUCGCACAGUCGCCAGCUAUGAUGGAGGUUCACGUUGUUUUGAAACACCACAAAGAUCUGUUACUGCACUCAGCAAACGUGAAGUGGGUCCCGAACUAUCGUCGGACGACGACGAACUCGACAAAGAGAACGUACUAACCCCACAACGACAGCCGAGGCCUCUGAGUGAAAACAAUAUUCCUGCUGAAUCAUCUGGCGAGGUCUUUCGCGCAGCCGAUAUGCUCUCUCCGUCACCUGGAUUGCAGAUUAGUAGUGGAAACUUCGGCGUCGUAAGUCCGGGACGAAUGACUUCGACGCCAAAUUCAACGGCUGCCCUGCGUUGCUUUCCUUCGCCGAAGCUGGGCUUUGACGAAAUGUCGUUCAGCGAACAGUCGUCAGGCAGCGAAAACGUUAGCGAAUGCGUCUCGUCGAUUAUCGAAAGUCUUCCCAGCAUGAAGUCUUCCCCGCCGUGCCCCCAGGUGCAGAGUGGAGGAAUACUGGCGAAUACGGCACCUUCAGAUAUGCUAAAAGGUGUGAGGGCGUUCGUUGAAGUGCGGUGCGGAACAGAGGACAUUUCGGUGGGACUGAUGGCACUGCUGGAGAAACUCGGUGCCACCGUUCUGAAACGCAUGAGCCACACGGUCACGCACGUGGUGUUUCGUCAGGGCCGCAGAUCUACCCGAAAGAAAGCCCUCGAAUGGAACAUUCCCAUGGUCUCGCCGUUAUGGGUCGAUAACUGCAGGUUGCAGAACAAGAAAGUACCGGAAGCAGAUUACCCUGCCAAAAUUCCCCCAGCGCUCGACUGUCCCAAACUCAGCACAAAGUUCAGGGUACCAAAGUGGUGUAGACCCGUGACAGAGGGGAAAACGGGAACAAAGCGCGCCAACAAGAUUUUGACACCAAAGAAAAUGGGUUCGAAGAAGAACAAGCGAGGAAAUACGUCACCCCAGUCGUCACCCCCACCUCUCGCUGUCCCAGCCGUAGUGACUGAAGCCUCACCCCCCGUUACGUCCACUCCAUUGCUUCCCGUUAGUUUUCAGGGCAACCCAGUGUCUAAGCCCGAAUCGCCAAAAACACCAAGGGGGAGACGUUCUCUGAGAACGGUACUGCUCAAGCUACGAGCUGAAGCACUCAAGAACGACGCAGGCAACUGUAGCACCAUCGCGGAGCAGACGACAGAGGAACAUCCCAUUGAACCUUCGCCCAUCCUCAGUGAACCAAUGACUGCAGAACCUUGUGUGCCAAAACCGACACAGAAUCCUACCAGGAGGCGCCAGUUGUUCUCUCAGCCAACAACGGAUGGCCAGCCACCAUCCCUCAUCAUGGCACAUACGCCUCCGCCAGCGGAACAUGUUUCAUCGUUUUUUGACGAUGAGGAGUUAAUCCCGUUGAGGAAGAGGCUCGCGGCAGAGACAGCCACUCGUAAUGAUGUGGCAACAAAUGAAGGAGACAUGCCGAGGGUAAAUUAUUACAUGCUCCGCAUGGGCAUUGACGAGAGCCCCGAUAAAGUUGAAGAGCCUGUGACGGAUGACACAUCGCCGCAGAGUGCAAGUUGUCGGAAGAGGAAACGCAAGCGGACAAAUUCUGGCGAAGCACUGCAGCAGAAGAAGAAACUUUCUGCCGGGAACGACGUGACGGCCCCUCAGAACGUAGAUUUCAAUGGCAGCAAAAAACAGUCUAGCCUAGAAGAUUUCCAGGUGGGUGUGCACAAAAGGCGCGACUUAAAACCGCUGAGUUGGUUGAACUCGUCUGCGGAGGACAGUAAGCAGGAUGCGCCAUCCCUGGUGCUCACAAGUGUGCAGACCAGUGAUGAAGAAGUGCUCAAGGGUGUGGUGCAGGCGCUGGGCCGAUUCAGGGUCGACGCGGAGGUCUCCCAGUCUACAACACACGUUAUAUGUGGAGAAAAGAAACGCACGCUCAACAUGUUGUUUGCAAUGGCCCAAGGAUGCUGGGUUUUGUCUCCAAAAUGGGCAUACGAAUCUUUGGAAUCUGGAAAAUGGCUACCGGAAGAACCUUACGAAGUCGCUGAAUAUUUUCCAGCAGUCAAAUUGAGUCGCCUGCAAAGAAGUACAUCCCUGCAGCAAUGUUUGUUUUCUGACCUGGGUUUCAUCUACGUGAGCCUGUCCAGCAGUCCACCGUGCAACAAGCUCAGGUUACUGGUGGAGAGUGCAGGUGGAAAGGUGGCCCAGUCGUACCUGAGGUGCCAGAUCGCUGUUGGUCCUGUACCCCCAGCAAAGAAGUUUGGCGCUGUCACACAUGUCAGUGAAAAAUGGAUCUUAGACUCAAUUUCGGAACACCAGACACUUCCCCUAGAAGACUACUAUGCUUAGAUCAGUGCCACGUGGGUUAAAAGGCUGCUGUUUCGUGACUUAGUCUAUUUGUGUUUAAUUUCAAAUGUUAAAUUUGUCGAAUAUGUCAUUUAUAUUCGAUUUGUAUUACCGAUCUUCAGUAUUUAAUUUCUAGUAUUUGAUUUGUAUAAUUAUGUAGAUUCAUGGUGUUUUGUUAGUUUUUGUGCAUGAUCAAUGUCUUUGCACUGGAAAAGUUGACAGAAGUGUUCAGCAUCACUUGAACUGAAACAAUAUGAGAUUGAGUACAUCAAAUGUAACACUAUUUUUUUCUUUCGGAUUUAUUGCACCACCCAUGUGGCCACCUUACUUGUCAAUUAUAUGCUGAACACCUAUUAUUUAUUUGCACAAAUGUGCUGUUGUUUCACUUGAUUCAAGGUCCACUUGACUACGGUGAUCUGUAAUAAAGAGUCUAUUUACUCAUCACA